GGCACCACGCGACUGCUCUUCGCUGCGUACCGACCACCACCAGGGCCCUGAUAUCGAUAUACCGUCCAACCAUGGGCAAGUGAACCUGGAAACUGGUUGGGAUUCCUAUACCUUCACAUUUCCUUCCAAACUCGGCCUUAAGUUGACAGUUCAAAGAUCAACGGAUUUGUCAUUACUCCCGAAUAUUCGACAUCUCUAUCACCCGUCUUCCUUCUUUACCUUCACAAAGAGGAUUUUGGAUGGAAACAGCACCCUGGACUCUCGUUCCUGGACACUGGGUCUACUCGAAGUGGCGGAACAUUGACGUUGUCUUCCUUUCACGAAACGCCUAUACCAUCGCUCCCAGCUGAAUUGCCUUUCAACUUGAACAGGUGGUCUUGGGAAUGCGCCACAGAAGACGUCUACCUCUGCCUGCCCGAGAUCAAAUUCUCGCGUUCAUUCAAUUUCAUUGAGACGACUCAGGAUUCAGAACUGGCGAACUCGAUGAACUGAUUUGCAGUAUCUGUUCCCCUCGCUACACUCCAACCUGAAGUCGUAGACUCAACCUGGACAUGCGCAAUAGUUGAAGACAGAUGGUUUUGAGAUGUGGUGCUUAUAGCAAUAUGGUUCCCCUAUAUUCUUUGAAAAAAAACGCAAUCUGAGGCCGAAGCCUCCUGAGGCAACCACGUGUGAGAGUGUCUGGAACGACCACUGUUGGCAGUGCACGACCACUAUCUCAACAUCAGCUGAAAACCUCCAUGGCCCCAAAAAUCAUCACAGAAAUUUGUGGGGACUCCUGGACGUUCAACCUUCCACUGCGAACCAGCCCAAUCAGACUGAAAAUCGAUGAAUAUUUGUCACUGCAUCCAGGCAAUUAUAUAGCUUCGGUCGAGGAGUUUCCUUCGGUCGAGGACGAUCUGCGGGAUGCACGGGAUGAGCUCACCACAUUCGACCGGGAAAAGGAGAAAAUCAUCUCGCUUUUGGACGAGCUAGAGCCCGCAAAGAUUCACUGCUUCACGUUGCCACUCAGUUGAGUGGUACGACGAGGGCAAAUAUUCGUAGGCUCCCCGACAAGAUUCUGGUAAAGAUUUUUCUCAUCUUCGUCGACAUCGACACAUCGGAAGACCUCGAACCCAAAACUCAUCCUGUUCUAAUACUUGGACGUGUCUGCUCGAAGUGGCGGUCAGUUGCAUAUACGUCGCCGACACUGUGGUCCAGAAUGGACUGUGGUAUCCUGCGCGAAUCUUCACCUGAUCCCGCCAAAAUCAUACGCUUCACUCAGUUCUGUCUUGACAAAUCUUCAAAUGCCCCUCUUCAUUUAUCAUUCAAUGCGCCAAACCCCUAUCCGGAAGUACCCCACCUAGGAGUACCCUUCCUGGAAUUAGUCAAACAUUGUCGACGAUAGAGGAUUGUGAAGAUCGAUCUUUCAUAUGGAUUCCACCAUACAUUCCUUGACAAGUUUCCGGUUGACUUACCCAUGCUUGAGAGCCUGAGUCACCCUCAGAUACUUCUCAUCGAAGGAUAGGAGCCACCAUACCAGCCAAAUAUCG